GACGUCACGCGACGAUUGCAGCGUGGAGCAGACAUGGCAGCUUCCAUAUCACAGCAGCUCGAGGAUUUGUUAAAUCCUUUACCAAACUUCGUAGACCCUGAAGACGACGAAGACGAAGAGACAAAAGCCAAGGUCGUUGAGAAGUUUGAUGAAGGUGAAGAUGAUGAAGAAUCUGCAUCUGGUCAUCUGCGGAAGCGUGCUGUUUCCAUUCUGGCCGACAGUGAUCGAAGAUAUCGUGGCAAGGCAACAAGUAGAAAAUUGCUACAGAAAGAGCUUGAUGGAUCAGAUGAUGAUGAUGAAGAAAAUGAAAUAGUGGAUAAGUACAUGGAAAUGAUUAAAGAUGUUGGUGAGGAAGAGGAUGAUAUUGAUAAAGAGGAUGACAUUGAUGAUGAUGAUGAAGAAAACGAUGACGAAGAUGAAGACCAAGAUGACAAUGACGAUGAAGAGGAUCUUAUUGCAAACGAUAGCCCAGAAAUGUCUAGCUUAGUCUCUAAGCUAAAAGACACAGACUUUAUGAAACUCACAGAGGGGAUGGAUGAUCUGGGAGACAGUGAGGAUGAGGAGGAUUCAGCUAAAGGUGAUGAGGAGGAAGGAGAGAGUGAGGAAGACUCUGAGGAGGAAGAGGAAUCUUCCUUGAGGACUUUUUCUAAAGAGAAAGUAGAUGAAGAAGUUGAGAAAGGAAUAGCUGUGAAAAAUCAACUUGCUCUUUGGGACCUGAUGCUUGAAGGGCGAAUCAAAAUGCAGAAGGCUCUUGUAACAGCCAAUCAACUUCCACAAUCACAGACAUUCCCAGACUUCAAGACCAGAGGAGGGUCUGAAUAUGCUGAAGCUUUAAAAAAUAGUCAUAAAGCCCUGAAGGCUCUACAGAGAUCUCUGCUGGAGCUCCAAGAUCAGCUACUCUACCAAAAUCCAGAAACCCGAGGAAUCUCUCAGGGCAAGACUUGGUCAGCUAACAGCAAAGAUAAAGAUGAUGAAGAGAUAAACAGUGAGGAUGAUGAAGAAAAUGUGAAUGAUGAUGAUAAUGAGGAGGAAGAAAAACAGAAGACAGGUCGAAAUGGACCCCCCAAGCGAAAGCUGGAAAUGGCUGAGUAUCCCAGCUUCAUGGCCAAGCGUUUUGCCGCUUUUCAACCGUACCGUGAUGCUACCCUGCAAAAAUGGUACGACAAGACGCGGCUCACAAUGGGAAAGACCAAUAAGGGCUUUGGAGCAUUUGAAAGGAAUAUUCUGACACAGGUGGAGCAGGUUUUAAUGGAUAAAGAAAGGCUGGUGAGACGUACACAGACUCGCAGGUCUCAGUACAGAGUUUUAGGAAAACCGGAGCCCAUCACCCCUGAAAUAGACAACACCACCAUAACAGAAGGAGAGGCAGCAGAACUGGCACUGAAAGCUAACACGCAUCUUAAAGAUUUGGAUGAGGAGAUUUUUGAUGAUGAUGACUUCUAUCAUCAGCUCCUCAGAGAACUUAUCGAGCGCAAAACAAGUGCAGCAGACCCCAAUGAUCAAGUGGCAAUGGGAAGACAGUGGCUAGCCAUCCAGAAAUUACGAAGUAAGAUCAAGAAAAAGGUGGACACCAAAGCUAGCAAAGGCCGAAAGAUCAGGUUUCAUAUACACAGUAAGCUGGUGAAUUUCAUGGCUCCUUUUGACAACAGCGGCAUGAGUGAUGAUGCCCGGUCUGAGUUGUAUCGGUCUUUGUUUGCAAACGCCCCAGUGACGGCACACUGAUUCAUCUGUCUCGACACUCAAAUUGUAGCGUCCUAACACAAAGCUCAUGAACUGCACUGUUUUACACUCAUAUGUUGCAGAUAAAAACCUUUAAAGACCCUGGACUCGUACGUGAAUUUUUGUUUCAUUUAUAAAGAAAAUAUUUUAUAAAAGAAGUGUUGCUCUGAAAUACCUGUAAAUGAAACACAUGUUUCUAUUAAAUUUCAAAAUUCAUAUUGUC